ACUUCCCAAUCAAGCUCUGAUUUCUUUCUCACACACCAUUGCGUUGCUGCUACUACUUCAGAGCUCUCCAUCUAGCUUGAAGAAGUCUCUUAUCAUUUAUAAUUGGCACCAAUUCUUGGCCUGAGAGAGAGAUACACACAGAGUUUCAGCUCUUGAAAUACAGUACUAGUUAAUUUGGGUCAUAUUGUACACACCUCUUUUUUUAAAAUAAAAAGAAAAAAGAGAGAUAAUGGCUUACUGCACUGGUGUUCUCAAAAAUAGUUUCCUUCCUCUGCUCAAAUCUCAAGAUGGGUAUUCUUCUUCAAGUCUGUUGACUGCAACCACCUCUCCUCUUCCCAACAACAAGAAAAAGUACUCUUGUAGUAUGGUAACAGCAGCAGGAGCUCAGGACAAUAAUGCAAGCAUAAAGCAAUACAACACGGAGCCAAGACAGGCCAAAACCCUCAAUUUCUGCGGAGAGAAGCCUUUCACUCCUAUCUUGGAUACAAUCAACUACCCAAUUCACACCAAGAAUCUUUCCCUUGAGGAGCUUGAAAAGUUGACUGAUGAACUGAGAGAAGAGAUUGUUUAUACGGUGUCUAAGACAGGCGGCCACCUAAGUUCAAGCCUAGGAGUGGCCGAGUUAACUGUUGCACUUCACCAUGUAUUCAACACACCUGAUGAUAAGAUCAUUUGGGAUGUUGGACAUCAGACAUACGCACAUAAGAUAUUGACUGGAAGGAGGUCGAGGAUGCAUACAAUCCGACAAACCUGUGGGCUUGCUGGCUUCCCAAAAAGAGAUGAGAGCGUGCAUGAUGCUUUUGGAUGUGGCCAUAGUUCUACUAGCAUUUCUGCCGCCUUAGGGAUGGCUGUGGCUAGAGACUUAACAGGGAAGAUGAAUCACGUAAUAUCAGUAAUUGGGGAUGGAGCCAUGACAGCAGGACAAGCAUACGAGGCAAUGAACAAUGCAGGCUAUCUUGAUUCCAACCUUAUUAUCAUCUUGAACGACAAUGCUCAAGUCUCCCUUCCCACUGCCACUGUGGAUGGCCCUGCUCCUCCUGUUGGAGCUCUAAGCAGAGCACUCACAAGACUACAAUCAAGCACAAAGCUUCGCCAACUUCGUGAAGCAGCAAAAAGCAUCACAAAGCAAGUGGGAGGGCAGGCACAUGGAAUCGCCUCUAAAGUUGAUUCGUAUGUGAGAGGAAUGGUGGCUGGUUCAGGGGCUUCCUUAUUUGAAGAGCUGGGGCUCUAUUAUAUCGGUCCAGUGGAUGGCCAUAACAUGGAGGACCUGGUCCAUAUCUUAAAGAAGGUCAAGGCCAUGCCAGCCCCAGGGCCUGUUCUCAUUCAUGUCAUUACAGAGAAAGGAAAAGGCUAUGCUCCAGCUGAAAUUGCUGCUGACAAGAUGCAUGGUGUCGUGAAAUUUGAUCCCAAGUCGGGGAAACAGUUGAAAACCAAAUCCAAGACACUUUCAUACACCCAGUACUUUGCUGAGUCUUUAAUCUCUGAAGCAGAGAGAGAUGACAAGAUAGUGGCUAUCCAUGCCGCCAUGGGAGGUGGUACUGGACUUAAUUUAUUCCAAAAACGCUUUCCGGAUCGAUGUUUUGAUGUUGGCAUAGCCGAACAACAUGCUGUCACCUUUGCUGCUGGUCUUGCUACUGAAGGUGUCAAGCCUUUCUGUACUAUUUACUCUUCCUUUCUACAGAGAGGUUACGAUCAGGUAGUUCACGAUGUAGAUCUUCAAAAGCUUCCGGUGAGAUUUGCAUUGGACAGAGCUGGUCUUGUUGGUGCAGAUGGUCCUACUCAUUGUGGAGCCUUUGACACCACUUUCAUGGCUUGUUUACCUAACAUGGUGGUCAUGGCACCGUCUUGUGAGACCGAGCUCAUGCACAUGGUUGCCACUGCUGCAGCCAUAGACGAUCGGCCUAGUUGCUUUCGGUAUCCUAGAGGAAAUGGCAUAGGUUCCAUUCUUCCACCAAACAAUAAAGGAUCCCCACUUGAGAUUGGAAGAGGAAGGGUGCUAAGGGAGGGAAGUACGGUGGCCAUUUUGGGUUAUGGAACAAUGGUACAAAACUGUUUAGCAGCAGCACGGCACCUUCAAGCGCUUGGCAUUUCAACAACUGUUGCGGAUGCACGCUUUUGCAAGCCUCUUGAUGGAAAAUUGAUCAGACAGUUGGCUCAACAACAUGAAGUCCUCAUCACUGUUGAAGAAGGGUCUAUUGGAGGAUUUGCCUCUCACGUCUCACAUUUCUUGGCAUUGAACGGAUUACUCGAUGGAAACCUCAAGUGGAGGCCUAUGAUGCUUCCUGACAGAUACAUUGAUCAUGGAGCUCAAGCAGACCAAAUGGAGGCGGCUGGGCUCAGUCCUAAGCAUAUUGCAGCCACCGUGUUGUCACUAAUUGGCGAGAACAAGGAUAGCCUCCUUCACCUUGUCAAGCUAUAGAUCAAUAAUGGAGUAUUUCAUACACAUGCCACCACUUCCACCAGCUCAUAGAACUUGUACUUGGAAACGCUAUCAAGUAAACAUCACAUUCGAUAGCAAGAUGUCCUCCAUCUCCAUAAUUAUUGUAAUUUGUAAAUAGCGAAAGGAAAGCUUUUCACAGUAAGGAUUCUUGUUUGGAAGAAGAUAACAUUUUAAUUAAGACAUUUUGAGUUGAUUGCAGUA